AUGGAAGCAAACCAAGCUCAGAGCACUGUGAGCGCCACUGGUGAAAGCACCCCCUUCAUUGCUCUCGCAGAAAGCAUUCUCGAGCAGACCAAGGCUGUGACCAAGUACUUCCAGGACAACAACCUCGCUGUGCCUACGUUUUCUCUCAGGCCAAGCGAGCCCACCGCCACAGAUGAGUACCUCAAGCUGCAGAGUAGCCUGCGGACAUCCAUCGAGGAUCUUCAGCGGUUAGUUGAAGGCCCGCGGCGCUUUCUACGGUCGUUUACGACUAUGGGAUAUGACAUCGCGGCCUUGCAGAUCGCUCUGGACUUCAAUUUCUUCUCGUUCGUGCCCCCGGACGGAGAUGUAUCCUUCAAGGAUCUGGCGGAGAAGGUGGGCUUGGACUUGGAUCGGACUAGUCGCGUUGUGCGUAUGUUGAUAACCCACCGUAUCUUCGAGGAGAAGAAGCCGGGUUAUGUAUCGCAUAGCGCGAGCUCGCUUGUCCUAUUGGAAGAUGAGGAGUUAAAGUGUACCGUGCACUACUCGUUUGAUGAGAUGCUGAAAGCUGCGGCGGAGUCAAGCGACAGUCUCAAAGAGCAUCCGUUUGAAUCGGAUAGUACUCAUUGCCCUUUCUAUACGAGACACGGGCUUCCAGUCUUCGAGUACUACGCCAAGUACCCGGAUAAAGCUGCGCGUUUUGCGAGAGCUAUGGCUGGGGCAACUAGAAUGGGCCUCCACAUUAAGGAGCUACGGGACUGCUUCUCGUGGGGAGAGCUCAAAGGCACUGUUGUCGAUGUUGGCGGUGGGAGCGGCCAUGUAUCGAUAGCUUUGGCUCGAUUGUUCCCACAUCUCAAAUUUGUGGUCCAAGAUGGCUCGAACAACAUGCUGGCCGAAGGCCGCGCACUCCUGACCGACGAAGUUAGGGAACGCAUUACUUUUGUGCAGCACAGCUUCUUCGAGUCCAGCCGCCUCGAAAGGAAUCCCGCAGCGGCAUACCUGUUCCGCCAGUGUACGCACAACUGGUGCGAUCGAGAUGUUGUAACCAUGUUCCGGUCCUUCGUUCCCGGGCUGGAGUCAUCCGGGCCAGGGACACCACUGUUGGUCAAUGAUAUCAUUAUGCCUGAACUCGGCGAGAAAUGGCCACGGCUGCUGGAGCGGGAUAUUCGGCAGAUCGAUAUGAUCAUGUUGAUUAGCUACGGCGGCAAACAGCGCUCCAAGACAGAGUUCGAGGCGUUGUUGAAAGAGGCGGAUGCGCGAUAUGAAGUCCAUAAGGUACACGCAAUUGGACCACUUGGCUUGCUGGAAGUAUAUCUAAGACAGUAA